AUGAAGUUUGAAGCAUUUUUACUUUUGGCCACUGUGGUUUCCCGCAGCACUCAGCUCACGUUGAAUGAAUGUUCCGGGAAUCUGAGACGGCCGGAGAUCACAGACAUCUCUGUGAGCUGCGGCACGUCGUCGAUCGACCUGGCGGUGCAGAUCUGUCCCGUCAUCUACACCGGCUACAACGAGUCCCUCCUCAUCCUCAACCACAUGCUGGAGCCCGCGUGCCGGGGAACCCUGGACGACACCGUGGACCCCCCCGUCGCCCGGUUCAACUUCCCCCUCAACAUGACCAACGCAUGCGGCAGCGUCUUCCGGACCACCAGCGCGGCCGGCACGGGGGUCUUCUCCGACUUCUCCAACAUCCAGACGGUCAACAUCAGCGGCAUCAUCCAAUCCAGCGACCCCACCACGGGCACCGUCACGUACAACGCCGAGCUCAAGUACUACUACUCCUGUGCCUACCCCUUAGAGUACCUGAUCAACAACACGCAGGUGGACGUGUCCGCCUCGUCCAUCGCAGUGAGGGACAACAACGGCAGCUUCAUCAGCACCCUGAGCCUAGAGCUGUUUAGUGACGCCGACUUCACCCAGAGCAUGGUGAUGCCCCGGCAGGGCCUGGAGCUGAGGAGCACGGUGUACGUGGAGGUGAAGGCCACCAACCUGACUGGGCAGUACAACGUGCUGCUGGACCGCUGCUACGCCUCCAUCUCGCCCCUGCCCACAAACUCCACCUUCUUCAACCUCUUCGUGCCCUGCUCUCAGGACCAGUUCACCACCAUGGUUUUGAACGGCCAGAGCCAGAGCGCCCGCUUCCACUUCCCCGCCUUCCGCUUCAUCGAGCAGCAGAAUGAGACGGUGUCCACCUACUACCUGCACUGCAUCACGCGCCUCUGCGAGAUCAGCACCUGCAGCACCUUCAUGCAGUGCAACAACCGCAGGAGGAGAGACACUCGUGACGGCACCGGCAGCGCCGACGUCAUCACCGACAUGCACACCAUCACGUCCCCGGAGAUCGUCACCAAGACCGAGACGGUGGGGUCCAAAGAGGAAAUUGCGGGGGGGAACCAGGGCGAUAGCUCAGCGGUGGGACUUUCCGUGGGGGUUGGUGUGCUAGCGUUCGCCUGCCUUGUGGCGCUCUGCGUGGCCGUGGUGUUCUACAACAGGCUGAAGCACUGA